AUGAUAACAAAUAAUGAUAAUAAAAAUAAAAAUAAUUUUAAAAAAGUUGCUAUAAUUGGAUUUGGACCUGCAGGAAUUUGUUCUACAAAGUCAGCAAUUGAAAAUGGAUUAAACCCAACAGUUUUUGAAAUGUCGUCAGAUUUAGGUGGAGUAUGGAGUAAAUCAAAUGGAAAGGUUUGGGAUAAUUUAACAACAAAUGUUUCAAGAUAUACAAUGAGUUUUUCUGAUUUUUUAAAUGAAGAAAUAAAUGAUGAACCAUAUAAUAAUGAUGAAAAUAAUAUGUAUCCUCACCAUUCUUCAAUUUAUAAAUAUUUAAAUAAAUAUGUUGAUCAUUUCAAUUUAAAGAAAUUUGUAAAAUUUAAUUCAAAAGUUAUAAAAGUAGAAAAGGUUUUUAAAACAAAUGAUAAUUUUAAAUUAAAUGUAACAUAUAAAUCAACAAAUAAUAAUAAUAAUAAUAAUAAUAAUAAUAAUAAUAAUAAUAAUAAUAAUAAUAAUGAAGGUGAUGAUGAUUUUACAAGUGAAAUUUUUGAUUUUUUAAUUGUUUGUACUGGUGUAUUUUCAGAACCACAAGAAUGUGGAUUAUAUGAAAAUGAAUUAAAACAAUUCACAGGUAAAAUUAUACAUUCACAAGAUUAUAAAAAUAAUAAUGAUAGAUCUGGAAAAUCAAUAGUUGUAUUAGGUUCAUCAAUGUCAGCAUGUGAAAUUACUUCAGAAGUUUCCAAGGUAACUUCAAGAUGCUAUCAUGUUGGUCAUGAAGUACAUCAUGUUUAUAAUAAACAUUUACCAUAUAGAAAAAAUCAAAUUGCACCAUUGGAUUGUGUAAUUUAUCAGAGAAAGGAGGCAUAUGAAAGACAAGAUUUACCAAGGGAAGAGUUUUUAAAACAAAAAAAUAAAAUGAAUAAAUUGUAUUGCCCUAAACAAGAUUCAGAUAGAUAUCCAAAUUCAAAGAUUGCAAUUGCACCAGGAUACAAAUCUAUGGGUUUAGUAAUAUCAUCAGAGUAUGUUACUCAAUUUGAAAAUGGCUCAAUAUCAGUAUUUUGUGGUGACCAAUUUACAAUAUCCUCGUCGUGUGGAAAGAGUGUAACUUUUUCAAAUUGUAAAGGUGAUAGUCAUACAGUGGAGGAUAUUGAUGAGAUUAUAAUUUGUAAUGGAUAUAAAACUGAUUUAUCAUUUUUUGAAAAAAGUGUACUAGACGCUCUGGAUUAUAAACCAGAAGAUACGAAAAGACCAAUAUUACUAUACAGAAAUCUAUUUGCAAAAGAUUUGAAAAAUAUUGGUUUUGCAUCUUUUUUUAGAGGUUUAUUCUUUUGUGAAAUGGAGUUAAUUACAAGAUGGAUGUGUUUGGUUUUUACUGGUAAUCAUCCAUAUCCAAAUUAUUAUCAAUAUAAAAAUGGUAUAAAAGAUAGAAAUUUUAAAAUUAAUCUUGAUAAUGCUCCACAAUAUUUAAUUGCUGGGUCAACAACUUAUUGUGAUUUGGUUGCAUUAGAAAUUGGUGUUUUACCUGAUUUUGAUAAAUUAAAAAUAACAGAUCCAAUAUUAUAUGAUCUCAUUUGGAAUGGUCAUUUUACACCUGCAAUAUAUAGAUUAGUUGGACCUGGUUCAAACCCUAAACUUGCAAAAGAACUAAUUGAAAAAGUAAAUAACAAUUAUAAUAUUUACAUAAAAAAAAUAAAUAAUAAAUAA